CCCGGCGUGCACCGCUGAUAUCCGACUGCGCCACUCCGGCUUCCGUUCCUGUAAAAGGGGGAACGCGCGCCGCCGCCAUCGUUCAUUCACAACCACCUGCUCGACGGGGUAGCAUCGUUUCGGUGCCAUCUGUCAUCCGCGCAAGCAGAAGCACAGUCGAGCCAGCCGCCGUCUUCUCGGCCCUCCUCCACCCUCGCAGCAGCGCGCCGUUGACGACCUUGACAGGAUGAAAAGCAACGCGACUUCCGGUCCCACUUUCUCGCUCUACCUCUCGAUCGCUCUGCUCGUGAUCUUAGUUUCUAUCAGCGAUAAGACGCACGCUAAACCGCGAGGAGAAAGGAGUACAGGCCGCAGGAGUGCCAAUAACUACGUUCGCAAAGGUGGUUGUUCGUCGUUCGGGCAUUCCUGUUUCGGCGGUCACGGCAAAAGGUUCGAUUCGACUGUGCGACGUAACACUUUGCAAGAAAGUAUCAGCCAGAAUAUUCAAGAAUCCGAAGUACCAUCGCCGAACGACGAGUUAUUUUACGUUCUUCCGAAUGAUGAGUUUCGGGAACGAUCUGAUCAGUCUUUCAUGAGGACUCGCAAGGAUACUCAACAAUUCGACGUUUAUCCCCUGUCGACUUUAGUGGAUCAAUGGAUAGCGUCGCAUCGUCGCCCCCAUCGCACAGAUACGGACGUCACCAAUAAAUAAGAAGAUAAUUACCCGCGUAUGCCAAAACUAAGCAGUUUCGUUUAUAUUGGUGCGCAUCGUGUCUAAAAAGGAUUAUUCCCAGAUAGCACACAUACUUCUAUGAAUAUUCUUCUGGAGGGCAAAUAUUCUUAAUUUCAGAAUAUUCUUUCUAUAAUAGAUUUGUAACUUCGAUUGGAAUUGUAAAUUCGAUUGGAAUAUUCCAUAAAUAUAUAUAGAUUAUUACAAUUAGAAAUCGUAUGUU